AUGUCUCGGCCAAACCGUCGUGCCGCCCGUUUGUCUGCACAUCUAGUUCCUCGCCUUUGCAAAGACUCAUUCGGGGCCUGCGGUUGCAACUCGCCACGGCAAAGUCAGGGAAGCCUGAUUCCUCGCAUUUGCCGCAAUGACCCGGCAACAGGCUAUAGUUGGAGAGAUGUUCAUGAUGAUCUUGAGGCUGGGGUCUAUGCGGGAUGCUAUGGUUGGGACCAUGCUGCCUACUGGGGCAUCGCUGAGGCCAAGGCGGGGGUCGACUUGAAGGAAUGGUACAAAACUCGAACAGAGGCCGAGUUUUAUUUGCCGGAGUUCAAGGAGCUGAUUGAGGACCCAGGGACUCACAAGGAUUGGGAUCGCAUCUCUACCUUUGACCCCUUGGGCAUGACAGCACAUCCUCCCACCAUUGCCGCUUGCAAAGCCAAGCUGGAUAUUCCAGAGCUCAAGGACUUGCGCAUCGACGGUAAAGUCGUUCUGCCCUCGAACGAGAUUGUCACAUCAAAGUGUGCCAUCAGCUAUGCCUGGAACAUUCCUCUCAUGGCAGAGAGGGUGGGCCUCAGUGAGCAAGAGCUGCGGGAAGCCCUGCACAAGUUCUCCCAUGACAGCCGGCUGCUGGACCCCAACGUGAAGACCUAUCUUCCGCCUGUCGGUGGGCUCACAAUCUACACUUUUGGUGAUGCAAGGAAGCUCAAGGAUGAAAGGACAGAGGUGUGCGUUCGCGUGCACGAUGAGUGCAUCGGCUCGGAUGUAUUCGGAAGCGAUAUCUGUAGCUGCCGGCCCUACCUCAUCUUCGCACUGCGCGAGGCUGUCGAGUGUGCCCAGCGGGGUGGGGUUGGUGUCGUGAUUUACUUCAGGAAGGAGGGUCGCAGCCUUGGUGAAGUGAUCAAGUUCAGGGUGUACAAUGCCCGUGUGAAUCAAGACGGUGGAGAUCGCCCGGAGAUGUAUUUCCACCACACGGAAGCCAUUGCCGGCAUCCGAGAUGCACGUUUCCAGACUAUGAUGCCGGACGCCCUGAAUUGGAUGGGAAUCCGACGCAUCGAUCUUCUGUGCUCUAUGAGCAAUGAGAAGUAUGAAGCAAUCACUGGCGCUGGCAUCCAGGUCGUGAAGCGUGUGGACCUUCCUGAGACCUACAUCAAAGACAGCAUGAAGGUCGAGCUUGACGCCAAGAUCGCGAGUGGAUAUCACUCUGACAGAGUGGAGCAAGAGCAGUUGCUACACACGUCGGUCGGUAGCCCCCGAUAG